AGUGACGUCAGGGGGGUGACGUAUCACGUUUAGAACGGGGAAGAAGACUUGUAAUGUGUUGUUUUGGUAGCUUAAGUAGUUUUCCGAGUAGCUAGACUGAAGGUUUCAGGAUGGGGCUAUUCGGGAAAACACAAGAAAAACCGCCUAAAGACCUGAUUAAUGAAUGGUCACUUAAAAUACGGAAGGAAAUGAGGGUCAUUGACAGACAAAUCCGAGAUAUUCAGAGGGAGGAGGAGAAGGUGAAGAGAUCGAUCAAAGAUGCAGCUAAGAAGGGACAAAAGGAUGUGUGCAUCAUUCUAGCCAAAGAGAUGAUUCAGUCAAAGAAAGCAGUCAACAAACUCUAUGCCUCCAAAGCCCAAAUGAACUCCGUGCUUCUUAGUAUGAAGAAUCAGCUUUCGGUUUUAAGAAUGGCUGGUGCAUUGCAGAAGAGCACAGAGGUCAUGAAGGCCAUGCAGAGCCUGGUAAAAAUCCCAGAGAUCCAGGCUACAAUGAGGGAUCUGUCAAAGGAGAUGAUGAAGGCGGGUAUUAUAGAAGAGAUGCUGGAGGACACAUUUGAGGGCAUGGAUGAUGAGGAAGAAAUGGAGGAAGCAGCAGAGGCUGAGGUUGAUAGGAUCCUCUUUGAAAUCACUGCUGGUGCUCUUGGAAAAGCUCCCAGCAAAGUCACAGAUGCUCUUCCUGAGCCUGAGCCAGUUGGGGCUACUGCAGCAUCAGAGGAUGAAGAGGAAGACAUUGAGGAGAUGCAGUCCAGGCUAGCGGCACUGAGGAGCUAAACUCUUAUACCUGCUUCUUCUAAAUUAUGUAGUCAUAGACAGAAAUCUCUUGAAUUUAUUCUUCUAAUGGCUUGUUUCUUCUCUAUGUCCUUCUAAGGACCGAAUUGUUAUAAUAGUUUUACACAGAAAAUAAGAUCAAGAGAAGUAGUACUAAAACAAAAACACUUAUAGGUUUCAAUAAAUGGCAAUUUGAAGCAUUUUCUUCAAGUGCAGUUUCAUGGCUGCUUGGUAAUUUCAUUCAGUUAAUAUUCAAAAGUUAUUUAAGCAAGAUAUCGGUAAUUUCUGAUUUAAUAUGCCUAUAGCUGUGUAACAUGACAGAGGAGCUGUUGUACAGUGCAGUCAGUCACAUUGUUGGUCUUGUUGGACAUUCUUCACUGUGUUUCCCUAGCCUUAUUUGGUGUCUAAGCGAAUGCUUCUUCUCUGUGUAACCAUUCAGUGGAAAUAUGGUUUUGCUGAAUUUGUGAAACUAACUAACAGCCACUGUAUGUAAGAUUUGUAUAAAUAUAUAGACAUUGAGUGUGUUGAUCUUAAUUUUUUAUUAAGUAAAGCCCUCCUAAUUAUGUAAAUGGUUCAGUGAUUUGGCUGCCAGUCGGAGCUGACGAAACCCAUGCAUUUCUCUGUCUUGUUAUGGAAACUCUGUAGCUUUCACACAGAGCUGCUGCAGCACAUCAAACAUUGUGGAAUAAAAAUUAAGUUGUAACGGUUUAGAAAUUCAUUUUUUCUAAAUGUUUGGAGGGGGAAAAAGCAAAGACUUCUUAUAAGAAAUUCUCCAAAAUUCACUUUUAACAAGACAUUGUUUUGGCUAGUUUCAGGUACUAUAAACAAACAUGACCUGUGUUACUGCUUACAUAAAUCAUCUCUAACAGUUUAUUUGGUUUCUAAAUUGCAAGCCAGGGUUUUAAUACACUAUCACUAAAAGGUUUCUGUGAUGUGACCUUGUGUGGAAGAGAUUGUUCUUCCUUUUAAAGGCAGUAUCAAAGGCUUUUUCUGCACAGAUAAAAAUACUGUGUGAUCCUGGGGCUCUCUUAUAAAUCUCUAUAUAAAAUUGUCAGCUUAUAGCAUGACACUUCUGUCUCUUACAUGUUUGUGAUUGAGUAUUCUGAUGUUAAAAGACUCUUUUUGAAGAAAUGAGGUUUUGUCAAACAUUCAUGCAGAUACGUAUAUAAGAACACCAUAGCUGGCUUUAAAUUUUUUAUCCAAAUUCAUUAUCCUUCACCAAUCCAUUAUGCUUCAUGAUGAGUCUCUGAAAUUAUUACAAAAUCCUCAUUUAAACCAAUGAGCUUCAUAUAAGGUUUAUAAAAAAUGUAAAUACUUGCAGAAUGAACAUACUGAAAUGUGUUUUGUAAACAUAGGGAUGUUUAAGAAUAAACUUUUAUAAACAA